AGUGCUGUUAUGUCCGAUUGUUUGGUGUCAAUAAAGUUUCAGUCUUCAACCCGUCCCGCCCCCUGACUGGCUGUCAUGGCGGCGCUAGUGGAGAGCUGGAGCUGGUUUACGGCUUUAGCUGUGGGAGUUUCUCUAUUCAAAUGUCUCUUCAUCAACGCUUAUCACUCCACAGACUUUGAGGUCCAUAGGAACUGGCUGGCCAUCACCCACAGUCUGCCGCUGUCCCGGUGGUACCAUGAGAACUCGUCGGAGUGGACGCUGGACUACCCGCCGCUGUUCGCCUGGCUGGAGCGGGGCCUGGCGCAGGCGGCGCGCCGCUGGGACGGCGACAUGCUGCGGCUGGACAACCUGAACUACGCCAGCCCGGCCACGGUUCUGUUCCAGAGGCUGUCGGUGGUCUGCACCGACCUGCUGUUCAUCUACGCGGCCAGAGAGUGCUGUCGGUGCAUUCAGGUGCAGAAGGCUCCGCAGGACGUUCUGAGCCGGCCAUCCUUCGUCCUCGCUGUACUGCUGCUCUGGAACUUCGGCCUCCUCAUCGUCGACCACAUCCACUUCCAGUACAACGGCUUCCUGUUCGGCUUCCUGCUGCUGUCUGUGGCCAGACACCUGCAGUCUCGCCACCUGCAGGGGGCGCUGCUGUUCGCCAUGCUGCUCAACCUAAAGCACAUCUUCCUGUACGUAGCUCCGGCUUAUGGAAUCUUCCUGCUGAGGAGCUACUGCUUCACCCUGGACCAGCCAGAUGGCUCCAUCAAGUGGAGCAGCUUCUCUCCGUUGCGGCUGCUGGCGCUGGGCGGCAUCGUCGUCUCUGUCUUUGCUCUCUCCUUCGGCCCCUUCGUUGCCAUGGGCCAGCUGUCCCAGGUGGUGUCGCGGCUCUUCCCCUUCAGGCGGGGCCUCUGCCACGCCUACUGGGCCCCCAAUGCCUGGGCGCUCUACAGCGGCGCUGACAAGGCGCUGGCGGUGCUUGGCGUCCGUCUAAAGCUGCUGCAGGGGGCGGAGCUUCCUCAGGCUGCCAUGACAGGGGGGCUGGUCCAGGAAGUCCAGCAUGCCGUCCUGCCGUCCGUCCCUCCGGCCGCCACGCUGCUCUGCACGCUGCUAGCCGUCUUGCCGGCGCUGUUCUCCAUCUGGCGCCGUCGCCGUGGCAACCGGGCCUUCCUGCGCUGCCUGCUGCUUUGCGCUCUGGCCUCCUUCCUGUUCGGCUGGCACGUUCACGAGAAAGCCAUCCUGCUGGCCGUGCUGCCGCUCAGCAUCCUUGCGGUGGAGAACAGAGAGGAUGCUGGGAUUUUCCUGGUCCUAUCCACCACCGGACAUUACUCCCUGUUCCCGCUGCUCUUCACCCCCGCAGAGAUGAUCAUCAAGGUGUGUCUGAUGUUGAUGUUCACCAUCUACUCCUUCACUGCCCUGGGAAACCUGCACAGGUCUCAGGGUUCUCUGCUCCGUCCCAUGGAGGUUGCCUACCUGCUGGGGCUGGUUGCUGUGGCGAUCUCCUGCGAGUUCGUCUUUCCGUUGUCGCCGUGGCGACAGAAGCUUCCGUUCCUCCCCCUGCUGGCGACCUCUGUGUACUGCGCCGUGGGGGUCAGUUACUCCUUCCUGCGGCUCUACGCUACUCUGCUGCGCAGCAACGACAAACACAAACAGCUCUGAGGUCAAAAGGUCAACAGGGGGUGGGGCAACCUCACACACACACUUACAGAGAGAACUACUGGGGACCAGGAGAGAACGGACUUGCGUUGAGCUCGGACAUUAAUAAUCACCAUGACAACAGCCUGAAUGGAAGAAGAGGAGGAUGAAGACCUGGCAGCAGAACAGAGGACUUGUUAAAGACUUGGACCAAACAGCUGCUGGAAAAAUGAUUUGAAUAAACGAUUUGUCUCCCUUCAGUGUGUGUUUGACUUCAGUCUAAAGAUUAGAGUCGACUCGGACUUGAAGCUCGACUCGGAUUCAUGGUCUGAGACUCAAGUCUUACUGCCAGUUUUUAAUGCUUUAUGUAAUGACUUGGAUCAUCUUAGAACCAAAUAAACGUCUCUGACCUCCGACCUCUUA